GUGAUCACAGAGAAUUCUUCCGUCCCUGUGCGGCUGGCUUACAUUCAAGCUCGUGAUCCAGAUUUCGAUGGACGGGAUCGAGUGGACUGUACCGUACUUGAUAAUUCAAACCUCUCUCUAAGGCGCCUGACACCUACCGAUGACCACAAACCUCCACUUGGUGCUUCUGAUGGGUAUCCCGUCAACAACGAUUUCCUCCUCAGCCUUGAGGCCCCAGUCGAUAGAGAGACUACGCAGAUGCUUGUGGCCCGGAUCCACUGCACGGACGAGGCAAAAAACCCAUCUGACAAACUCAUUCGCAUCCGCGUGCUAGAUAUCAACGAUGAAGCUCCCACUUUCCUUUGGCCAAUAUUCUACUUUUCGGUGAAGGAGAACCGUAAAUUAAAUUCCGGAGGACGGGGAGCAGAGAACAGUACUAACAAGAGUCCGCAGGGUUAUCGUAUAGGACGAGUGAUCGCGUAUGAUCGAGACCAGGGGGACAAUGCCAACAUCAUAUAUCGACUUCUGCCACAACUCGAAAUCAGCCAACCGGUUGGACGACCUAGUUUCCUGCCCCAACCCGACAGUCCUAGGGAUCUUUUUAUGCAUGAGGCUACCGAUCUCUUCCAGGUGGACUCCUUCACGGGUGAAGUUUUUGCCCUACGGCCAUUUGACGCUGAGCAAAUCGACAUGAUAAAGUUUCAGGUUAUCGCAGUGGAUCAACCAACAGCUCCAGACUCUAUUUCACACACUGGCACUGCAAGCGUUCACGUGAGGAUAGUCGAUGUCAACGACUGGUCUCCUAUCUUCUUCAAGACCAACGACAAGGAGUCCACUGCACAUGGUUACAACAUUGAUGACAGCGAUGGAAUUACCUUGGUGGACUCCUACAUCUUUUCGGUGCCGGAAAACAAGCCUGCUUAUACAAUAGUUGGUAGGAUCGGUGUGCUAGACCCCGAUGUCAGCUUUUGGGUGAACGCAAAUACCACUCAGGUUUAUGUAGCUUUUCAUGGGCUCGUGAGGGCUGGAGAGGGAGACUAUCCAAAGGAAGUUCAAUUUCUCCUGCCGCCAGAUAUUGCUUGUCCCGAUGAUCAACACAAAUGA